CACACAGCCCGCUGCCCCACAUUCCACUUGCUCUCACUCCUGAAGGAGGUAAGUAGCCUCUUCCACGUUUGUAAAGAUGUCAAAGCUGCUAAGAGGUAUCUUCUGUGUUAUUGAGACAUUCCACAAGUAUGCUAGCAAGGAUGGUGACAACAAGGCAAGCCUGACCCGCAGAGAGCUGAGACAACUUCUUGAGGGAGAAAUUGGGAACUGCCUUCAGCCACAGGUCUUUCAUGCUGUGGAGAAAAAGUUGAACCUUCUGGAUAUUGAUAGCGAUGGCACCAUCAGUUUUGAGGAAUUCCUUUUUGCAAUCUUCAGCUUAUUGAACCUCUUUUAUUUUGACAUAUCACUACUAAAUCCAGAACCAAGACUGAUGUCUAAGUCAGAGAAGAUGGAUGGUGUGGACUUUCUGGUGACUACCAGAAGGAGUCAGCAAAUAGUAGGGGUGAGACCAACUCAAGAAAGGCUGGUGUCUGCUUCAGAAAUCACAUCACCGGCUCAGCCAAGCCUUGAAGAAGGUGAGGUGGAUGGACACAAAAGGACAAGCCCAUUGGAAGACAUCAAGACACACAACCUUCCACAAAAGGUUUCUGAGCCCAAUGACCCUGAAAACCAACACCCAGAAGAAGACAGUCAGGAAGUCGCACAAGAUGUUCUAGCAACAGAAUAUGAUGGAGUCCAAUUUAAGGGAAAUAUGCCAGUAGAAGCAACCAAACAGAGCAACAGUCCAACACAGGUGAUCCCCAAAGAAGGAGGCAAAGUAGUCAGGAGGCAAAGUGACACCGAGGUAAGUGACCAUAUGGCACAGAGGCCAUCUGAAGAUGAGGAACAUGCUACAGGAAAGAGAAUUAAGAAACAUUCCGCAUCACAAGAUCCAUUCCCCCUAAAAGAAGACAGAGCCACAAUGGAGCACAAUGAUUUGCCAAUAGAAGCUGCUGAGAAACCAUCUCAGACACAGAAGUUUAUUGAGCUUAUGGAAGAUACCGGAAUAUCUGAAAUUGGAGAAGCAGGAAAGGAUGCUGGCAGAACACGAUCUGAAAUCACAAAUUUAGAGGACCCCAAGGCUGACAGUAGAACAUCUGAGACCCCAGAGUUGCCAGAGCAGGAAAGAAAACACGAAACACAGAACCCGUCUGCCCAAAGUGGGAGCAGAGAUGAUUCAGAAACAUCUAGCAUAGGCAAAUGUGAGGAGGGGCAGAAAGAACACAUAAAAAAAACUGGAUCCCCAGCACCAGAAGCCCAAACACAGGAUGAGAGCUGUCAAGAGUUCUCAAAGUCAUGGAGGGAAAACAGGGCUAAAAAGGGUUCUGGUACAAAAGGGCCAAGCUCAGAGGAAGGACAUCAGAAUCUCCCUCAACUUAAGGAGGGACACAUAUCAGGAAAAGAGUCAAGACACCGUGAGAAAGACAUAGAAGAUGCAUCUUUGAUCAACAAAGAGCGCCGUGCAGCUAAAGAGACACAGGGAACAAGAGGAAGGUCACAGGAACUGGCCCCACUUGAAAAGCAACCUCAAGGAAAAAGUCACAGGGCCACCAGGACUCAUGACAAGCCAGCCAGGAAGGAGGACCACAGUGAGGGGGAAGAUCCUGAGUUAGCAGUUACUCCGAGUGAUGAAGGCCCUUGUGAAACCCCCAGUGGCCUGGCUCCAGAGGUAGGCAACAGCAGCUCAGAUUCAAGUGAACCACAGGUACCAGGGGAUCUGCAGAGCCAGGUAGACAUGCAUGGAGAUGCUAAGCAAGGAAGUAAGGAUAACAACCCAGAUCACGGGAAGCAGGGAGCAUCAGGCCAGAGCAGCAGAGUGCAGGAGGCUGUAGAGUUGUCGAUCCAAGAAGACAGGCUCCCAGAGGGACAGGAACAGUCUAUCAGAGAGAAGCAGAGUGGUCUAGGGGUAGCUGUGGAGCCCAGUGAAGGAGGGGAAGUGCAGGAGUCCACAGCAGGAGGUGAAAACAGAAAGUCCCCAGAGUCAGAGAGCUCAGGGGCCCAGUGAGAUUACUAAAUGUUCAUCUAUGUGGCUUGCUGGGAACAUUGAAUUAAAGUUGAUAAUCCAUUGAUGAUCAA